AUGUACGCAUACAACGCUGCACCUUGGUCCGAUCCUUAUGACGAAGGUGACAGAAGAACCCACCACAAAAGGACCAAGCAGCGUGUUAAUGAGGAGCGGACAUCCUGGGCCCGGGAGAAAGAUGAGUGGAGGACAUCCUGGACCUGGGACGAGGUAAUGGCGGGGGACAAGACCUUGCCAUGGAAGCAGGUGGAGAUAGCGCAGGAGGAACGGCGACGAUACGAGGGGACACGUGGUCUGUCCCAGCAGCAAGGCAGUGUGGAGCAGAUCUCCCUCCACUGUUCUGAGGGUGCUCUGGACUGGCUCUAUCCUAAGGGGGCGCUCCGCCUCACCCUGUCCCCCAGGUUGCCCUCUGCGGCAGUGGGGCCUGGGGGAAGCAGCUCGGGCCUGAUCACGGCCUGCGUCAAGCCCUCCGAGCACUUCCACGGGGCCCAGCUCUACUUGGAGAGAGACGGGGUCCUGGAGCUCCUGGUAGGGGACCGUCUGGAGGAGUCUCCCCCAACCCGGGUGCGCUGCUUCAGCCGCCUGCCCGGCGAGAAGGUGGCCCUCUUCCUCCAGGCCACUCCUCACCAGGACAUCAGCCGCCGCAUUGCAUCUUUCCGCUACGAGCUGCGAGGGGAUUGGACAGCUCGCCUGUCACUCGACUCAAACCCCAUCAGCAGUAAUGAAGGUGCCUGCAGACCCUGUAACAACACAGAGCUCCUUAUGGCUGUCUGCACCAGUGACUUUGUAGUGCGUGGUAACAUCAAGGCGGUGGAUGAGGACAGUGAGCUACGGGCGGCGGUAAUAAAGGUCAGCACCACCCGAGUAUUUCGCCAGAAAUAUGCCCUGUUCACCGGGACAGGCCGCCUGACCCUCUCAGGCGAGAUCAGGACCCUGCUGCAGUGUGGUGUCCGGCCCGGGGCAGGAAGCUUCCUCUUCACCGGCCGCAUACACUUCGGCGAGGCGUGGCUGGGCUGCGCGCCCCGCUACAAGGACUUCCUCCAGGCCUACACUCAGGCCAAGUUGGUCCAGCAGCUACCCUGUGAACUGGCUGUGGACUGAGCAGACCACCCCAAAUCUCGGCUGACUACUUCCCUGUAAUAGGGCUUGCCUCACAAUACAGCCUUAACUCAAUCAGCCUGUCCUCUGGUUUGCCAAACCUCUGAAUGAAAGGCGAGGAAGAUGGAAGCUCACCCGAUGGUGUAGCUUCUUAGUCUUCCCCAAAGGACUGAGGAGUUGGGCAUGGACAUUCUUAGCAACAUUCCCAGUGCAAUAUGCAGUCCUGUGGAGAUAUGAAGGACACCGUGUGGACUAGAUGAGAUUAAAUAAUUUGGCACGGGACAAGUUUUCCAGAUGCCAAUAUACAUAUUCGGAAUUCUCAGAAGAGCUUUCCGUAACAACAAGGCAGGCAUGGCAUGGAUUCAGAGCUAUUGAGUGUGACUGUGUCUUUUAAACUCAGGAAAAUAUGUGAAAAAUUCUGUGGUGAAGUUAGUCUGUUUUAGAAGUUACACAAUUGCUAUUCCAGUAAUUAACCACAAGGCUGUGUUUUUCUAUGGUAGUCUUCAGUGGCCACUCAUUUUAUUCAAUGGUUUUUGUUUGGGAAAUCUACCAUUUUGUGUCCAAGAUGUUCGCACAAAUGUGUAGUUAAAACAAACAAUGGUGGACUAUUCUUAGUGUUACGAUUCUUUAUUGGAGAUUAGGGAGGGGCUUUCUCUUUUUCAAAUGUUUUUUUUUUAUCGUAAUUUGCACUGAUAAGGGAAUGAUCUGGAAAGUCUGAUGCUGCAAGCACUGAAAACCAAAAUGAAAAGCUGAUUUAUGUAGCGUAGAAGAGGUGUGAUCAGAACUUAAUAUAUGUAUAGAUAUUGCUAGCGCAUCUUAAUGCUAGGCUAGGGCUGGCACAUGUUAGCGCUUGUGUAGAAGGUUCAAAGCUCGCUUCGCUCUAGUGCUGAAAGCACUUUCAUGACAUUAGUCAACUCAGAGAAAAACAAUCUCCAAGUACACACGGCAAUUCUGCCUUUUAGAACCCUGCAUAAAUAUUUAAUGAAGAGUUUUUAUGGUACUGUUGACUUCCAAGAUUUCAUUGUGUUCUCAGUUUGGUUGAAAACUUUUAAAGUUUUAUAUGUUGAUUUAUUUUAAUUUGAAACUGUUUUUCCAGUUGAAUAUAAUUAUUUUGCAGUAGUGUUUCCUAUUGCAGCCAUUUUGUAGUUAUUCAUACCCAUUUUCCACAUGAAAAAAUUGCCACCUGUAAGCCUAAGAAAGCUGUCUGCAAAAUUUUAACAAAACUGAUGUCUUGAUAUUGAGAUGCUAUAAGGCCUACUGGCCCAGAUUUAUGUAAUUGUUACUGUAUUAAUGGGAGUUUGUGAGGACAUUUUUUAAAUGUUUGUGGGACUACAACUGUUGACAACAGCAAUAUUCCCCUCAGUAAAAGUCCAAUGGGAUAUGUCUCAAAGCUGGCAGAAAGAGUUGCAGUAGCGAUCUAAUUUUCACAAGCAUGCGUCCGAAAUGUUGAUCACCAUGUUGAGCCGUGAAAACCUCAAGCAAUUUUGUCCAAAUAUCAGUACUGAAUUCUUCAAGCAAUAUUCAAUGUAUUUGCGUAAUAGUCUUUACACCAGCUUUGGGGUUAGCAGUAAGUAUGUCUGGGAUAAGUUAUGAGGGGGACAAAACAUGUCUAUGACAAUUCUGGUCAGUCAAAAGACGUCACGUCUUAUGUGCACUAAUCGAUGAAGGGAGCGGUUAAUAUCAAAUUAACGUGAUGUGGUAUGUAAAAAGAAAUACGCAAUACUGCCAUGUUUGCUGAUAUUGUCAAUUGUUUCUGUGUGAUUUUUGUGUACCAAUGUGAAUGUA